CUUAGAGUAAAAAUGAAGAAUUGGCAAUUGAUAUCUCUUUUGUUGAUUAUAACCUGUUUGAUAUUUAGUAAAGGUUCAAAAUAUUGUUCUAAGCCACUUAAUAUAGUACAACAUGGUUUAUCAGUCAGCUCAAGCGUAUCAAUCAGCUCAUUUGCAACAUCCCCAAUAAAAGAAUGGAUUGACAAUGUAUAUUCAAAACGCACAAAAAUAUGCCCUUUUGAAAGAGGUACGACGAGAAAAGCUGCUACAAAUGGUGACAUAGAAACAUUAAAACUAGCUCACGAAAGAGGAUGUGAAUGGAAUAAAUAUACCACAACUGAAGCUGCUGCAAAUGGACAUUUUCAAUGUUUAAAAUAUGCACAUGAAAAUGGAUGCCCAUGGGAUGAAAGCACAGCAGAAGCUGCUGCAAAAUAUGGGAAUUUAGAAAAUUUAAAAUAUGUUCAUGAAAAUGGAUGUAGGUGGGAUAAAGAUACAACAAGGGCUGCUGCUGCAAAUGGAAAUUUAGAAUGCUUAAAAUAUGCUCAUGAAAAUGGAUGUAGAUGGGAUAAAAAUACAACAAGGGCUGCCGCUGCAAAUGGGCAUUUAGAAUGCUUAAUAUAUGCGCAUAGAAAUAAAUGUAGAUGGAAUCAAAAAACAACAAGGGAUGCUGCUGCUAAUGGAUUUUUUGAAUGUUUAAAAUAUGCACAUGAAAAUGGAUGUUCAUGGGAUGAAAGCACAGCAGAAGCAGCUGCAAAAUAUGGUAAUUUAGAUAUAUUAAAAUAUGUUCAUUUAAAUUAUUGUAAAUGGGAUCAAAACACAACAAAAGGUGCUGCUGAAAAUGGACACAUAGAUUGCUUAAAAUACGCUCAUGAAAAUGGAUGUAAAUGGGAUGAAACAACAACAAGAGAAGCUGCAAAAAGAGGUAGUUUGGAAUGUUUAGUUUAUGCUCACAAAAAUGGAUGUAAAUGGGAUGAAACAACAACAAGAGAAGCUGCAAAAAGUGGUAGUUUGGAAUGUUUAGUGUAUGCUCACAUAAAUGGAUGUAAAUGGGAUGUGGGCACAACUACUGGUGCUGCAAUGAGUGGUAAUUUAGAAAUUUUAAAAUACGCACAUAAAAAUAGAUGUCCAUGGGAUGAAAGCACAACAGAAGCUGCUGCUGCUAAUGGACAUUUAGAAUGUCUAAAAUAUGCUCAUGAAAAUGGAUGUAAAUGGGAUGAAAAUACAACUAGAGCCUCUGCAGAAAGUGGAUGUUUAGAAUGCUUAAAAUAUGCUCAUGAAAAUGGAUGUAAAUGGGAUGAAAAUACAACUAGAGCUUCUGCAGAAAGUGGAUGUUUAGAUUGUUUAAAAUAUGCUCAUAAGAAUGGAUGCAAGUGGGAUGUGGGCACAACUAUUGGUGCUGCCAUGAAUGGUAAUUUAGAAAUUUUAAAAUAUUCACAUGAUAAUGGAUGUCCAUGGGAUGAGACCACAGCAGAAGCAGCGGCAAAAUAUGGUAAUUUAGAAAACUUAAAAUAUGUUCAUUUAAAUGGGUGUAAAUGGGAUCAUAAAACAACAAAAGCUGCUGUAGAAAAUGAACAUUUAGAUUGCUUAAAAUACGCUCAUGAAAAUAGAUGUGAAUUGGAUGAAAAUAUAACGGAACUAGCUGCUUUUAACGGUGAUUUAGAAAUUUUAAAAUACGCUUAUCAAAAUGGAUGCACUUGGUCAGAAGGCACAACUAGUUCUGCUGCUUACAAUGGUCAUUUAGAUUGUUUAAUAUAUGCCCACAUGAAUGGAUGCCAAUGGGAUGAUGAAACAACUAAAGAUGCUGCGGAAAGUGGCUAUUUAGACUGUUUGAAAUAUGCUCAUGAAUAUGGAUGUCAUUGGAGUGAAGGUACAACUGAAGCAGCUGCUAUUUAUGGUAAUUUAGAUUGCUUAAUAUAUGCUCAUGAAAAUGGAUGUGAAUGGGAUGAUGAUACUGCAGAACUAGCUGCAAAUUCCGACAAUUUAGAAUGCUUAAUAUAUGCUCGUGAAAAUGGCUGUCAUUGGGAUGAAGAUACAACCAUAGCUGCUGCAGAAAAUGGCUUUUUAGACUGCUUAAAAUAUGCUUAUGAAAAUGAAUGUCCAUGGAAUGAAACAAUAUUAAAUGUUGCCGCUGAAUAUGGAAAUUUAGAGUGCUUAAAAUAUGCUUAUGAAAAUGGAUGUAAAUGGUAUGAGGGCAUAACUAGAGUUGCAGCUUUAAAAGGUCAUUUAGAUUGUUUAAUAUUUGCUUAUAUGAAUGGAUGCCGAUGGGAUGUUGGCACAACUAAAGUUGCAGCUUUAAAUGGUAAUUUUGAUUGUUUAAUAUAUGCUCACAAGAAUGGAUGCUAUUGGGAUGUUGGAACAACUAGAGCUGCUGCAGCAUUUGGUUGUUUCGAUUGUUUAAAAUAUGCUCAUGAAAGUGGAUGUAAUUGGGAUAUAGAUACAAUAGUUACAGCUACCGCGCAUGGUAAUUUAGAUUGCUUAAAAUAUGCAUAUGAACAUGGAUAUAAUUGGAUAGUUGGUACGACGAGAGGGGCUGCUGCAAAUGGACAUUUAAACUGCUUGAAAUAUGCUCAUGAAAAUGGUUGUGAAUGGGAUGAAGGCACAACAAGGGAGGCUGCUGCAAGUGGUUGUAUUGACUGUUUGAUAUUUGCUUAUGAAAAUGGAUGUCGGUGGGAUGUAGGGACAACGAGUGCAGCUGCUGCAAACGGUCAUAUAGAUUGCCUAAAAUAUGUUUAUGAAAAUGGAUGUGAGUGGGACGAAAGUACUACAAGACUUGCUGCUGCAAAUUAUCAAUUUGAUUGUAUAAUAUACGCACAUGAAAAUAAUUGCCCGUGGAGUAAAAAUACCAUUAAUGAAGCUAUUCAAAAUAAUUAUAUUGAUAUAGUUUUGUAUGCUAUUGCAAAUGGUUGUCCUAAUUAAUUGCCUUUUUAAAUGAUUCUAUUUUUUAAUAUGUUGUCUUAUUACAUUAUAUUUAGUGUAAAUAUUCUUAAAAUUUGAUAAUAAUAAUUUUAUUCAUAUUUUACAUGUUUAAUAUUUAGUGUUUUGAAAAUGUUACUGAAAUCCAAUACAUCAUAUUUACAUCAUUUUUCAAGAUUUCAAUCUAACCAAAUUUGAGAAUGCUAAAUUAUUUUUAAAAAAUAUCUUCUCAAUAUUAUGAUACUCUGAAA